AUGACGAUGAACUUCACGACAUCGAGCUCUGAGGCCAUUCGGUAGAGCGGGGAACUGCGGUCGUUAAGCACUGAAAUGACGGAAUCAUUCGAUGGAACCAUGGUUUUCUUCCAUAGUUUUAUUUUUUCACGCAGAAUUACCCGGAUUUAUCCUGUCUGAACAAUCGAAUCUUCGGACAUUGAUGUGCCCCGCGAGUUUAACUUAGAACUAUCGUUUUCCUUUUUUUUUCUCACAUCAGUGUUGUGGCAAAAAAAGUAAAAAGUCAAGCCACCUAGGGGACUCGAACCCCUGACCUUAAGAUUAAAAGUCUCACGCUCUACCAACUGAGCUAAGGAGGCCCAUGUGAGGGUAACCGGCGGGCGUGUACUUGUGUUUCCUCUCUGCAGAGACAACAAAAAAGAGAGAGAUAGAGAGACUGCCGCGGCCGCAUUCCGAUAUUGCCCUCCGUCCGCGAAUGGUCAUGCUGCGAGAGGUUCUCGCACGAUUUCCGCAGGGGUUGAGACGACUCCAACUGUCGAGAUCAUCGCGUAAGACAAAACAAAGACGGAACAAGUCCAUAUUCGUAUUUUGAAUCUAUAAUUUCGUUCUUUUGAAGUUUAUGGAAAGUUUUGGACUAAUUUGGUGCCUGCCGGGCCGAGCCCAUUGCAUUUUGGAUAAUAGCAAGGGUCAUGAUAAAUGUUUAUUGCACAGUAACAAAUACGUGUCAGGAAAGCCAGUAAGAUCAUCAUUCCAAAGGUAGAAUCAUGAAAAAAAAUAUUAGUGAAGCAGUCAUACACGACGCCAGUUUUUCGUUCAUUUUGUAUUCAUAAUCUUCAACCACGCUCUCACUCACAAUAUCGACUGAAAAAAAUACGUUUACCAGCGAAUGUUAGAAUUUAAUUACUCACAACAAUCUAGACCGUCAACUUUGACGAAAGCCUUUAUAGUUUGUUCGUAUUUCAUGCACACCUGAAAAUCCGGAAAAAGCUCUUUUGAGUUGUUCUGAAAGUCCACACGAAUACUUCCCAUUGUGAAGGGAUACUGAAAAGAAAUUGGAAAGUUGGAAGGCUACAAAAGGUGUGUAAAUUACACUCAGUUUGGGGAAAUUCGCACUCGUUAGGAGAGUGUUUGACAAAACUUCAAUAGCUGGCGAUGUAUCUGAAACAAAAUUUUAUCAUUCGAUUUUACUGAAAUAAUUACCGUUCAACAAGGCAAUUGUAGUCAAGUUUGAGAGGAAUCCCAAGUUGACCAAACUUGUGUUUUGUAUUGUGAGUCUUCCGAAAAUCCCAACGACACUGUUCAGUUUUUCAAUAAAAGCUUCGUCCCCAGCUUCUAUUAUUACAUGCCCCAUGAGAUGAAUGCAAUCGCUGUCCAAAGUACUCAAUUCUUCGAAAAUGCAAACCUUUUGCCCAUCCUUCCUCGUCUCGUUUUGACAGUAUUUUGCUUCUAAUUUGGCGUACCGCACGUUCCAACUUGCCAAAAUCUGAACUUCUUCAGUGGUCAAACAAAAAUCUGGAUGUAAGUUCUCGAAGCUCAAUCUGUACCAAUCGGAUGCAUCAAUCAAUGUCUGAAAGGCUCUUUCUCAAUUUUAUUUUUCAAAAUCCAGUUUAAAUUUACGGUUAAAGAGUCCAUUCCAAGCCGAGUCAUGUUCAAAUUGUCGUGGAUGUUAAAAGAGAUGCCAUCGGCAAAUUUUCCCUUCAGCCGAACUACAUGUUUUAAAAACGAUAAAUUCUGGAGGCCGGUAUGAUGGACCGUUAUGUUUCCGGUAAUAUUUUGCACAGUCAGAAAAGCAUUGAGGAGUGAAAUAUUGGAUAUGUUCGUGAUAUUCAAUGUGCCGAACAUGGCUGUGCAGUUUUUAUAACUUUUUGCAGUUUUUUUGUUGACUAAACCGGAUACACACCCUUAAAUUUAAAAAAAAACUUUAUUCGAAGUAAAGUCAAAAGAACUUACCACAAUCUCUUAAAUUUUGAUAAACAUACAAACUGACGUAUCCUUCAUAAUUGCUACUUUCACACAAUGAGCUGACAUCCAACAUUUUGUUUUGUGCAAUUUUGAACGGACAAUUGCUGUACGGUAGAUCGAUAUUGUACAGAAAAUCCACAUUUGUAAGUUUACUGUUGUAUAAUAUCGAUAUUCCAACUGAAAAAGUUCAUUGAGCACGUUCUUUCUUGAAUCUUAAUUCUAUUUACUUGGAUAGCAUGAAAAUUGUGCCAGAUUUGAGAGAAAAGACACGUUUUCCAGGGUGGUAUUCUCAAUUCUAAUAGCUCCAUAAAAGUCUGUCAGAUUCUUAAAAACAUCCAUCAGUUUGUCCAUUGGGACAUUCGAAUUCGGCGUGAAUGAUAUAAUUCCACAGACUUCCGAACAUUUGCUCGGCCACAAUGCAAUAGUUUCAUUGGUAAUCUCUGCUUGUUUGAACCAACAAGACGAUUCUAAAUUAUACGAAAAAAUGUGAAGCUUAGCAAGAUUAGCCACUCACGACACCCGUAUAAUUUGGUGAGUUCAGUUAAAUCCGCGGUGAUGUUGUAGGAAUAUGCGAAUGUAACACAAGUUAACCAAAGAAAAUACAUGUUGAAAGUUUGAAAACGAGAAUAUUUGGAGAAGUUGAGUUGGUCAAGCCGUAAUUGAAAGUUGAACAACUAAUUAUACGUUUUGAACUAAAAGUUCGGCUUUGAAAUCUCGUGAUUACAUCGGUUUGUCGAGGGCCGAGCGGCCUGAAAAUUCAUUCUGGUAAUAUGUAGCUCAUUUCAAUGAUGAAAACGGGUUUCCAAGAAAAAACCUGAAAAAUCGAUAGUUGUUCCCAAACAAUUUGAAGCCGAGCUUUUCUAUCUCAAUUCUUUCCUCAAUUGCUUGUCUCGCUGUACAACUUGUUUUCAAAAAUAAAAUGGCAUAACGUGCGUGAUUCUCAAGAGUAUUCACUAGCCAGAACAAUACGGCAAACUCAGCCUCUAAUGUUCACAUUAUUCGUAUCUACCAGAUGAUGUUACUGGCCGAUUUCUGGAAGGUUCUCCUUAAAACAAUACAAUACGGGAGCUGUGGCGUUUCUGUGAUAUUCAAUACUUUCCUAAUCUUGCUCAUCAUAUUCUGUUCUCCAAAAAGUUUGGGUAUUUAUAAAUUUCUCAUGAUUUACAUUUCAAUAGUUGAAAUGCUUUUUUCACUGUUGGACGUUGUAGUGGAACCGAAUAUCUUCUCCUACGGACCCGCGUUUAUUGUGUCAAGAAAUUUCAAGCACUCGAUUUUCGGAAGGAAAGAAAGUUUCACUCUGAUUGUUCUCCUCUGCGGUUUCUUUGGAAUUACAGUCGCUCUGUUCGCAAGUCAUUUUAUCUACAGAUAUAGUGCAUCAAACCACAGGUUUUGGAACACAUGGCUAUCCGGAAAAAAAGUUCUCUCACUUUUCCUAAUGCCGAUGGCCUAUGGAUUUUGGUGGACGUUUGUGUGCGGUUAUUUCUUUCAUUUUAAUGAGAAUUCAGACAACUUUAUACGGUUAAGACACACAAAUCUUCGUUGAAAACCUGCAAACCUUUCAGUUUGCCAUUCCUUCAACAAUAUGACGUACGCAUUGAGGACAUUUCUUAUGUCAUAGUGUUAUUUUAUAAACGAAACAAAAAUGACGAACUUUGUGCUCAUAAGGAAAUAUUUUUCGCCAUCGGGUGUCUGUGGUUUAUGAUGGUAAGUUCAUUCAUAAAACGUGCAAAUUGUGUGUUCUUUAACUUUCAGAUAUCUUCUCUAUUCUGUGUCCUAUUCUUCGGCAUCCGAUGUUAUAUUCAAUUAAAAACUUCGCUGGCUAAGACUCAUUGGGCAUCACAUUUUACAAAAUCUCUACAGCAAGAACUGUUUCAGGCGCUUGUACUGCAGGUAAUUUCUAAAAGCUCGUUUAGACAUCUGCAUAUUUUCAGACCAUAAUCCCUCUAAUAUUGUUGUACAUCCCGGUCGGUGCCCUUUUCCUGCUUCCCAUGUUGAAUGCAAAUGUCGGAUUUGUCAGUAGCAUUGUUACGGCUACAGUAACUGUCUAUCCAGCCAUCGACCCCCUCCCCACUAUGUUCACUAUCAAGAAUUAUCGAAAAACAAUAUUCCGUGAGUAAACCGGCAAAAAUAUCACGUGAUGUUAUUGUUGUAUGCAUAAUUCUAGGAAUACUAUGCUGCUCAAAGCCGAAAGGAGACGAGUACCGUCUAUCGGAGUAUGGCUCAAAGAAAGGAGAACGAUGAGUCAAUCUUCUGGCAGAACUCGGCAUCAUCGGAAAGUAUCAUAUUUGACAACUUGCGAUGUAUUCCAAUGUUUCCAGUAUCACAAGAUCUAUGAAUAAAGAAUUACUAAAAGUUGAAAGUAUACGUCAUACAUAAUGUUUCAAAUCACACGUCUAACAUUAAAGUAAAGAACACAACACAGUAAACAUAGGUGCGGGACGUUUGAGAAACGCCAAAACAUUUUUGGAAAUGUCCAGAUUGCUGCCCCUUUAGGACAAUCCAGGCAAUCUGAACAUCUCUUCGACGUUAUUGCUAUGCAAGAAGUCUAACUCUCUCUCUCUCUCUCUCUCUCUCUAUCUCUCUCUCUCUCUCUCUCUCUCUCUCUCUCUCUCUUCCUCUCUCCGAGGUUAUUGCUAUGCAAGAAGUCGAACGGCGGUCCAACAUAAUAGAACCGGGCAGAAUAGAACCACGACACUAUUAUUAAAUAAAUUUCAGGCUGACGAAUGCGUUGAAAAUCCCUUCCUGGGCCACGAAGAAUAGUAUUGUCGACGAGCUUUCCAAUGCUCUCCGCGCUCUCGCAGACGAGCGAGCUGUUCCGGACGUCGGAGCUCUGGCCACACACCUUUGGGAGGAUCCCAACUCGCCACCUCUCGAAGUUCCGGAUGAAAUCGAAGAUCAUCCGCUGGCCGUUCUGAGGGUCAUUGAAAGAAGAGAAGCUGAGACAAGGCUGCAGGCCAGAGUUUUGGCCGCCGUCAUUGUGCAGACUGCGCACCAGAGUUGA